UGAUGGGUCCUUGUUUUGUUGAGGGGAAGGAACAGCUGAAGAAGAGAGCUGUAGGUUCUGUUGAUGGAACCCAGGAGCCUGCAAGGAGGGAAAAAGCAUGCCAGAAGGGCAAUCCUCAACUUCAACGCAAGGUCCAUGCAUUUCUCAGAUGCGAUAAAGGAGUUAAAGUAUCUAUUGCUCAGGAAUUGGGCAGAGAAAAUUUAGGUAGCAAAAAUGCUACUGAGUUGAGUGCUGAAGUUAAAAUAGCUCAGGAAUCUCUUAAAUCAAGUUUUUUGGAGCUACAGGCUUGUGUCAAGGAUCCUCUUCCUGAGGCAUUGAAUAUAUUUGAUAUUGGAUCUAAACUUGCACAGAAAGGUACGAAUCAAGAACAACCUAUUCAAAACAAGGGUGGGGAUGUAGAUGUAUCCAGCUCAAAUACAUGCAGGGAUAUUGUUCUUUUCCAAACUAAAGAUGUUGAUCACAAGAAGUCUUCUAUUCAACGUCCCAAUUUAAUAGUUAUGAGGUUUCUAAUUGGGCCGAAAAAUAAAAUAAAAUGUUGCAAGUCCAAGUGUGAAUUUAUUUCUCAAUUCAGCAUUGAUUCAAAAAUAUUUAAAGAUGUAUGGCUGAAUUGUUGUGAUGUUAAUUGGGCCAGAACUCAAACAUUAUCAUAA